GGUCAAAGCCACCAAAACGAGACGUCGAGAAGACUUCUGACUCUCAUCUGUUUGUUAAUGUUCUUGUCGUUAUUGGCACCAACCCUCCGGUGUUUAUUCUAACCGGCCUGCAAAUUUUGUUUCUACUCCCUCACCUUUCCGAAAUCCGAAUCUUUCUUUCUCUAAUGGCGUCUUCUUCUUCUCCUACUACUUGUAUAUACCUGAUCACACGCACUCCUCCCAGGGUUCAACUCAAUGGCUUCCGCCAUGACUGCUUACAUCGCCGUGGUACUGACAACCAUCAUCCUUCUCUUCACUGUCACUCACUCAUCGACCCUUGGAGUUGAAUACGUGUCUCGUCUUCUUCAAGUUCAGGAUCGAGAGAGAGCCCCGUCGUCUGUACAAAUUUCUGCUGCUAGAGCGGUGCUUGAUCGCCUCAUUCCUUCCCAUUCACCUAGUUUCGACUUUCAGAUCAUCACUAAGGAGCAUUGUGGUGGAGUAUCCUGCUUUUCAAUAAGCAAUCAUCCUUCUUCAAAUGUGCAGGGUUUCCCUGAAAUUCUAAUACGUGGUGUGACUGGAGUGGAACUACUUUCUGGUGUUCAUUGGUACUUGAAAAACUUGUGUGGGGCCCAUAUUUCAUGGGACAAAACUGGUGGUUCACAGCUAUCUUCAGUACCUAAACCAGGAUCUCUUCCCCGAAUGCAAGAUGAUGGACUUCUGAUACAAAGACCUGUUCCUUGGAAUUACUACCAGAAUGCUGUCACAUCUAGUUAUACAUUUGCUUGGUGGGAUUGGAAGAGAUGGGAAAAGGAGAUUGACUGGAUGGCUCUUCAAGGCAUCAAUAUGCCUCUAGCAUUUACUGGACAAGAAGCUAUUUGGCAAAAAGUAUUUCAGCAGAAGUUUAAUAUUAGCAGUUCAGAUUUGGAUGAUUUUUUUGGAGGGCCCGCAUUUCUUGCUUGGUCUCGCAUGGCUAACUUGCAUGGAUGGGGUGGCCCACUGCCUCAAAGCUGGCUAGAUCAACAACAUGUAAUGCAAAAGAAAAUUCUUGAUAGAAUGUAUGAGCUAGGAAUGACUCCAGUCCUACCAGCUUUCUCAGGAAACGUACCUGCAGCUUUGAAAAAUGUGUAUCCAUCAGCAAAGAUAACACGUUUAGGGAAUUGGUUUACAGUUGACAGCAACCCUAAAUGGUGUUGUACAUAUCUUCUUGAUGCAACUGAUCCUUUAUUUAUCGAGAUUGGAAAAGCAUUCAUAAGUCAACAAGUCAAAGAGUAUGGACGAAGCAGCCACAUAUACAACUGUGAUACAUUUGAUGAAAACACACCACCAACAGAUGACCCAAACUACAUUUCUUCCUUAGCUGCUGCAAUCUUUAAUGGAAUGCAAAGUGGUGAUGAUGAAGCUGUUUGGUUAAUGCAGGGAUGGCUUUUUGCAUAUGAUCCAUACUGGAGGCCUCCACAGAUGCAAGCACUUCUACAUGCAGUUCCCAUUGGGAAAAUGAUUGUCCUUGACCUUUUUGCUGAAGUCAAACCUAUCUGGAUUACUUCAGAUCAGUUCUAUGGUGUCCCUUAUAUCUGGUGCAUGCUGCAUAAUUUUGCAGGAAAUGUUGAAAUGUAUGGUGUUCUAGAUUCUCUAGGAUCUGGACCUGUUGAUGCUCGUAUUAGCAACAACUCAACAAUGGUUGGUGUUGGAAUGUCAAUGGAAGGUAUUGAGCAGAAUCCUGUAGUUUAUGAUCUUAUGUCUGAAAUGGCAUUUCAACAUAAAAAAAUCAAUGUAAAGACAUGGCUUGAUUCAUAUUCAAUCAGAAGAUAUGGAAAAUUUGUUCCAUCUAUACAAAAGGCAUGGAAUAUAUUAUAUCACACGCUUUAUAAUUGCACAGAUGGCGCUUAUGAUAAAAAUAGGGAUGUGAUAGUGGCAUUCCCAGAUGUGGAUCCAUCUUUUCUUUCUAGAAAAAAAAAAUUGAAUAAAAAAAAUCACCUAAAAGACACAGAUGAAGCUUUUGACAAACCCCAUUUAUGGUAUUCAACAUCAGAAGUUAUUCGUGCUCUACAACUUUUCAUUGAAGGUGGAAAUGAAUUAUCAGAAAGCAACACUUUUAGGUAUGACUUAGUUGACUUGACAAGACAAGCAUUGGCAAAUGAAAAGUUUCUUGAGCUUGUGGAUGACGUGGACAUGUUAUUGGGUUGCCAUGAAGGGUUCUUAUUAGGACCAUGGUUGGAGAGUUCAAAGCAACUUGCAAUAAACAAAGAACAAGAGAAACAGUAUGAAUGGAAUGCAAGAACUCAAAUCACAAUGUGGUUUGAUAAUACAGAGGAGGAAGCUAGUCUGCUUCGUGAUUAUGGAAACAAAUAUUGGAGUGGGCUUUUACGAGACUAUUAUGGACCUCGAGCAGCUAUUUAUUUUAAAUAUUUGAAAGAAAGUUUAGCAAAAGGAAACGGGUUUAAUUUAAAGAGUUGGAGGAAAGAAUGGAUUAAGCUUACAAAUGAGUGGCAGGAUGGUAAAUAUGUGUACCCUGUUAAAAGGGAAGGUGAUGCCCUCAACAUAUCGCGGUGGCUUUUUGACAAAUACUUGCGUGAUUUGGCUAUAAUAAGUGAUCAUUAGAUUAUAUGACACUUCAAAUUUACUAUCAAAUGUCAACUUUUAUUGAAUGAAACUUGAAAUGUUUGUUAAGGUGAGCAAAGUUGAGCAGAUUGAUAACAUUAUUUCUUCUCGAUGAGUUCAGAAACAUGAGAUUAUAAUCAAUCUAU